UGCCAGUUGUUACUCGCUGGUCGUGGAGGCCGUGUCGCCGCCUCUCGCUCCGUCGGGACAGUUUCCGCAGCGCAUCGUGACAGUGAUCAGGACUGGGACACUUUUGAACAGUGACUGAACCACCUCAACACCUGUGGCUACGAGGCGUGAAGAUUACACCUUCUUUGACCGUGCCUUUGGUGAACUCUCUCAACACUACCUGCAGCUGAAGACUCGAGUCCAAGUAGAGCCGGUCGAGUCCUCUUCAAGAAGCGGCCAGCCGAGGCCUCAGCGGCACUCCAGGCGAGCCGAGACACAGGCAGACAUCAGCGCGCCUCAGGGAUUCCAAAGUGGACCCUCAAAAUCCGACAGUAAUAAGGAAUGCCCUGGGUCCCUGAGUGAGGAGUAUCGUCCGUCCCGCUCAGCGCCAGCAAGGGUCAUCAGAGGGCGGCGGGCGAACACAGAGAGCCCCGCCACUCCUCAAGGAAGUCCUGCUCAGCACAAAAAGGCAUCUGGGACUAACAAGCGUGUAGUGAGUCGGAAGGAGCUGCGUCCAGCAUCCCUCGGGCCUAGCGUGAACCAACAGGCAGGCAGUGAGCAGGCGCCGUCUCUCCCCACCAAAAGGACCACUUGGGACCUUAACGGGACACUCUCAGAGGAACUUAACAAACUAAGUGAAAAAUACCAAACUAACGCCGUCAGUGAGGACAAAGAUCCUGCAGCUCCGCAAAGAAGUGAUAAAGAUCCCUCAGAAAAGCCGCUUGAAAGAGACAACAAUCUUUGGGGAUUCGUGAAAAACAGUCUUUUAGUUGAAGGCGCCGCGUGUAUUGCCUCUCCUGCCCCAGAGAGCUCGGAAGUCCCUGGUGUAAGAGGCGGCAAGGUGCAGCCCAGCCACAACAGCUCCCGCCUACAGGAGAUACUGUACGGGAGGGCUAAUGAGUCGGCACGUGCACCGCCAGCCACCCAGCAGCAGCAGCAGCAGCGAGCCCACAGCCCCGGCGUGAGUGUCGGGGGCGGCAUGACAUCCAACAAGCACAUGUCACUCCUAGAACGCAAGAAGAAGCAAUGGGAGGAGGAGAGAGCCUUCCUCAACGCCGGCUGUGGGUUUUGGGGACGAGCGCAGCCCACAGAACCACAGCGACCGACUCCCCCUACAGACAAGCCCCCUGAUCAACACGUAAAACAGCAACAACAGCAGCAGCAACCACAGCAGUACCAAGAACCGAUACAGCAGCCUCAGCAGAUGCAGCAAACAUAUCAGGCCCCCCAUCCUUAUCGCCACCCUCAACAGCAGCAGCAACAGCAGGAACAAGCAUAUCAGAAUGGCGCAGCGCAGAGUCACCCACGCACAUAUCAGGAGGCGCCUCACCCCUACCCACCUAUGUCGGCGCCUCAGCAGCAGCAUCAUCAGGCUUACCCCGCCGUCACCACGCAGCAGCAGCUGCCAAUGGGGUUUGCUGGGUUUGGCGGGGCUCCGGUGUACGUGGUGCUGCCCUCUCCCGGUGCUGGUAUGGUUCCCUCUGCUGAACCCGCCGGCCCACAACUGCAGGAGAUCUUGAGGAACCUCCCUUACACUCCCAGCAGCCGCGGUGUGACCAUUUAUGAACUGCCUGAAGGGUCCACGCAGAAGACGACGCGGGCGCCUGACUCAACGCCGCCGUCAGCCGCUUCCUCUCAAGGCUCUGUUGCAUCGCGGUGGUCGACAGCAUCAGGUGGCAACCACAGUGAUGACCGCAGUGCUGGACGGGCGCGCUGGGGGGACAGGGGCGUGGGCGUGGGUCACCUGUGGGCCCCGGGGGAGGAUACUGUUCCUGGAAGUCGUGGUGGAGACUCCCUACCGCCGGCGUGGGCUGAGAAGGAGGAGGAAAAUGUCCUGCCCGGAGCACCUUACUCCAAGCCGGAACAGAGAACCUACGCGCGGGGCGGUGGGAUGCACCGUAUGGAUCCUGAAGAGUCUGCGGAGAGGGAGAGGCGUAAGAAGCAGGCGGAGGAGACACAGCGGAUCAUAAGGCAGCAGCUGGAGGAGAAGAAGAGACAAAAGGCAGUGGAGGAGGAGAGGGAUCGAAGAGAAGCGGCGAUAUGGGAGGAAAGGGUGCGAGAACAGCAGGAGAGAGAGGCCAGGGAAUUACAGGAGGAAAUAAGGAAGAAGAAGGAGAAGGAGGAGGCGGAGGAGAGGCGACAGCAGCAGCUCCAGACGGCCAUCAAGGAGGCGGCAGAGAAGGCCAGGAAGGAGAAGAGUGUCCACAAAUAUGGUCACAUCCGCUCACUCUCCUCGAGUGCCUCCUUGCCUGAGGUGCGAGAAGAGGGCGAUGACCAGCCACCGCCGCACACCUCAGGCUGCUCCACCACACCUCGUAGGCGGCACCACACCAGCCAUGCACGCCCCUCAUCACCGGCAGCACCUUCCCCUCAGCGGCAACGACAUCAGCAGCCUCAUGAAGAGACCAACCCCUCGGAGUCUGGCGCGGAGCAGCAGGAGUCUUCUUCCCUCACCCAUCAAGAGCCAUCACGGCCAUCCACCCUAAAACCACAGUUGAGUGCUGAUGCCGACGAAAGGACACGGCUGUUGCGGACCCUUGGUAUCGCCCCAGAGAUGCUGCUGGCACCUUCAGGCCUGCUGGACCGUAGCUCCCUGCUCUCCCUCCUGCACGCCAUUACUGGUCAACAACGUCUUAUCUCAAAUGCGCCCAAUGACUAUGCUGGCGACUAUGUCACUGACCGCAUUAUUACCCCCACCAAGUACCGGGGGCCGCCCUCCAGGGACUGUGGCAUUCAAUGUGAUGACUCCCUCCCUGACCGGAGAAGCAGUCCACGAAGAGAGUCCAGGAGGCGUCUUAGUAGGAAAACUGCAUCACUGCCUCGCGACAGUGGCCAGAGCAGUGACGCACGGCCUCCCUGGGGACACAACCAGAGUGACAGGCCAUAUAGGAAGCAGUCUGAGAAGGACCCAUACUCCAACAGGCGAUUGAGGCGACGCGCUGCCAGGUCCCUGAGUCGGUGUGAGCGAGACACACCCUCUGAUGAGAGUGACCAGCCACAGGUUCACCGUCGCCGCCGCAAGACAUGGGACAAGUCACGCCAGGAGUCCCUUUCCUCUGACAUCUCCAGGUCUCCUUCACCACGAGACAGGAGGCGAGGCAGCCGGCCCUCUGUCACCACCAAGCAGUGGCCCACCAUCAAGCCCUCCCUCACACCAGCCCUGCACCGCCCACCAACACCAGAACACAGCAAGUCUCCUGUGUCUCCCCACUUUCUGGCUCCUCCGCCGGAAAUACUUGGAAAGGAAGCUAAUGCAGAGGAUGAGCAUGGUCUUCCUUCAGGUGGCCAAAGUCCCCUUUCUGAACACCCUAUCGACAGCCAGCCUCCUCCUGCUGUGCGUUCCUCCUCCCCGCCUGUGCCAGCCCUCAUGCGAAAACUCACAGGUCAGUCAUCCUUUGAUGUCCCAGAGUAUCCUCCUGGCACCAUGCCCCCAUUCAUUGAUGCCACCAGCACCGAGGCCCCAGCUGCCACUGCCAACAUUGACAGCUCUCCAGACACCAAUGAAGCCAGUGCUGAAGUGGCCUCACGUCCCUCCAGUCCCCCUAUUCCCACUGUGCUGAAGAGGAUGCAGAGUGCUGACUCUUCACUCACGCUGCCAGAGCUUCCCCAGCCCACCUUACGCCCAAACUCUAGGCCGCCCUCAGCCAGUGGACUUUCUUCAGCCAAAUGCCUAUCUGCUGGUGGGCUGACAACAACCAAAGGUGCAACUCUGCCGGGACGAGGGAGGGGAGAGAGUGCAAGAAGUGCAAGGAGCAGCAGCCAGCCACCCUCACCCACUUCCCGGCCACCCACCCCCCGCCGCCUGCCUCCCAUGGCUCCCUCUAAAAGCGAAGAGGUAGUGUCCACGCCUAACCAGGAGAACACCCUUCGCCCAAGCUCUCCACCAGUUCCUGCCCUUGCCAGGAGACUUUCUGCCACCUCACGUGUUGGACAGCUGCCCACUGACAACAGUGUGGACCGGCAGCUGACACCUGUGGAGACGCCAGGCUCACCCCGCCACCAGCCAGCUGCCUCCUCACCAGCUUCUGCUGCCACUUCAGGUGUGUCCUCCAGGCCGGGCAGUGCUACCUCGGGGCAAGAGGAGGAUGUUCGUACAGUCAGCGUCACCUCUUCAGGUUAUGAGUCUGGUAGAAGGUCCUCGGGCGAGCCCAAGUCACUGUCUGAACCUUUAGUCUCCCCCGAUAAGUGGGUCAUCCUCAAGUCGCUUUCUUCACUGCGCCAGAACCUGUGGCGGCGACACCAAGAGUUGUCUCAUCACCCAGACUCGGAUGGCUCCUCCUGACACACAGCUGCCACCCCGGUGACCCCCACCGAUGGCCUUCCAGAUCUGCCCCAAAAGAGAAACCAGAUUCUCUUCCUCUUCCCUCUUCUGCAUUUCUGCCUCACUUCCAUCAGCAAACAGAGUUCAUCCCUCUUGAUGCUUCCCCUUUCUCGCAGCACAGCCUGGACUCCUCACCCCUGGAGGAGUAUGCCUAUCCUGUUCCUCCACUGUCACAAAAGUCAUCUCCUCCAGCAUCACCUCCCACAACAGCCUCAUCAGAACAACCACCUCAGCCUCUGUCUCCUCUGAUGUCUGAGAGGCACAAUGUCUCUUCAGAGUCUUCCUCCUUGAGUCCUUCAAACAACAGCUGCCCUCCCAGCUCUUCUUCCCAGUCCCUAGCAAGCAACAGCUCCUUGGAGGUUCAGUCCUCACCACAGUCCUCCUCCCCUCAGUUAUCACCCCGCCAAAUUCCUUCGCCUCCUCUCACACCACUUCCAACCCCCGAGCAGCCUGUCUCCCAGAAUCUUGCUCCAAAAAUGCCAUUAGUUCACCUUGCAUCCCCAAGACUCUCAACACCUCACAUUCCUCCCCUUUACUUGGACACGCCUCAACACGAACCUUUGUUACCCAUAUCCAUUGUUCCAACUGCCAUGGAACCACUGCAGCCCUGCAAAGCCAACUAAACAUUUCCAGCCUUCCCUUUACCCCUUACCUUUGUUACAGUGAGGUCCCAUCAGAUCACUGGAGUGGUCAUGCAACAUGAUUGGUCUUUCUUUAUGUUAUGUGAGGACAAUAACUUGUAGAUCUGGGCAGCGACAAACAAGUGGAAACCUUAUUGCCUCGCAUAUCAUGGUGGCUCUUCUAAAGUGUCAUCCUAAACUGAAUAAGGAGUUCCCAUUCCACUUUAAAAUGAGGCAAUAUUUUUCUCUUUUGAGGAAAAUUUCAGUGUUAGUCAAAUAACUCUAUGAGGACCAGAAGUAGCAAGUACCAGUAAACUCCCCUUCCCCCGACCCACUCACUUUGAGGCCAAAUUAGGUAAGAUGGCUUGUACAGGAAUGAUUGUUGUGUAAAAUGUUCUAUUCUCAUCAGGACAGACUGGUGAGAAAGUGAGAAUCUUAUGUAAAUAGGUGUGUGUGUGUGUGUGUGUGUGUGUGUGUGUGUGUGUGUGUGUGUGUGUGUGUGUGUGUGUGUGUGUGUGUGUGUGUGUGUGUGUAAGGCCAAGGAGCACCCAGCGCGUAGCCAUUCUACCGCCAGGGUUGCUAUUACAACCAUCAUCUGACUGAUCCCAAACCUUACGUCUCGGGCCAGGUAUCGCUGUGAGCAUUGGCAUAUCAUUGUAUCUCAAACGAUGGCUGUAGUUUCACAGCUUUGUACCGACACAGCUUCUCAUGAGCCAAAGAGCUGUGUGGGUUGGAUCAAGCGAUGCUCCCGAGGAACGUCUCUGUCAUCUCUCGCAUCUGGCCACGUCACCUUGUUUAACACGUCAGAAUGGCUUAUGCUUUUCAAGAAUUUAAAGUUUAGCUCUUAAACUUUAAGAGACAAUUUCUUUCAGUAAAUUUUAGUAUGGGAGAUAUUAAGAAGUCCAUAUUUUCAAAACUUAAGUGUGUUUAUUGGCAGGUUUUCUUCACAAUAGUUCUGAGAAGUGGCAACAGAUGGGCGAGAAAUGAAUCUGAGGCCAGCCAGUGAGGGUCCUUUUGUGGGGGACAAGCCAUGCUUCUUUCCUAGUGACCAGUGAAGAUGGCUCAAAGUCUAUUUUUAUAGUGUAUAUAAUAAAGUUCUUUAACUGAAA